AUGGACGGGGUUCUUUUUGUAGGCGUGACGACAAUCGUGACGGUGUUCGGUUCUGAGCUUGCUUGUUCCGGUCCUAUGCGUAUGCACGAUAAGAGAAAUACCAAGUCGAUAACCGAGGCAAAGGAUGGAAGAUGGAGAGGCAAAAACACACCGGACAAAAAGUAA